AUGGGUAAUUUUCUUUCGCGUUUCAAUAUUCAUUUGAAUACGCGUAUCGAUCAACGUGAAGUAUAUCGUAUUCCCCCACAUCAUAAAUGUCGUAAUUGUGGUCAAGGAUGUGAUCCAUCGAAAUCUGAAAACACAUGUGUUAAUGCAAAAUAUACUCGUACAGGUACAAAAGAUCAACCAGCAGUAUAUCGAGCAGUUGUACCAAAUAAUAAAAUAAAUUGGUCAACCUCGUAUGAGUAUCAACCGGUUGAAUUUACAUCGGAAAAAGUUAAAACAUCCACCAAAGAAUAUGUUGAUAAAGAUCCUCGAGAUGAUCCAAAAGUAGAAAUACCAUGGAAUUUAGAUGAUCGCUUAUGUGAUAGAAGAUCUUAUCAUGGACCAUAUAAAGUUGUUCGACGUGUACCACAAAAUCCAUGUGGACGUACUGGUUUAACUGGACGAGGACAUCUUGGUCAUUUCGGUCCAAAUCAUGCUGCUGAUCCAAUAGUAACACGUUGGAAACGUGAUCAAAAUGGUCAAAUAAUGGUGCAUCCUAGAACGCAAAAACAAAUUUUAGAAUUUGUUUGUAUACUUCGUAAAGAUACAAAUGAAUAUGCUAUACCAGGUGGAAUGGUUGAAAAAAAAGAAAAAGUUACUGACACAUUACAACGUGAAUUUCAUGAAGAAACACUUAAUUUUCCAGAUUUAGAUGAACGUAGUAAACAUAAUUUAUUAGCAACAAUAAAAGAUGUUUUUGAAAAUGGUGGAAUUAGAAUAUAUUGUGGUUAUGUUGAUGAUCCAAGAAAUACAGAUAAUAGCUGGAUGGAAACAACAGCGUACAAUUUUCAUGAUGGAAAUAAUGAACAUUUGGCAUUAAUUGAAGUUCAUGGUGGUAGUGAUGCUUCAAAAGCUUUUUGGCAUGAUCUUGGUUCGGAAACGCCCUUAUACGCAAGUCAUGCAGAGUUUCUUACAAAAGUAGCUGAUAUACAUAAUGCACAUUGGUAA